AUUCAAGGUGCUGACUAUUGGGAUGGUGAAGGAGACAGUGGAAUUACCAAACCUAAGUUCCUUACAAUCGAAACUACUGGAGGAUCUUAUUUAUCAGACAUUAAUUUAUUGAACUGCCCCCAUCAGUGCAUUUCCAUCAGCAGUGCCAGCGACACCACUCUUGACAAUUUUGUUGUUGAUGUUUCUGAUGGAGAUGACAAUGGUGGUCACAACACUGAUGGAUUCGACGUGUCUGGAUCCACGGGAAUAACCGUUAAGACCAGUGUCGUCAAAAAUCAAGAUGACUGCGUGGCUGUAAACCAAGGAUCUGACAUGGUUUUCAAGAAUUUGACUUGCAGUGGAGGACACGGAUUGAGUUUAUCCGUCGGUCAAAGCACUUCUGAUGGUUCAGUAAACACUGUAAAGAACGUCACGUUCUCUGAUUGUUCUGUAACUAACUCUGCUAAUGGCAUCCAUAUUAAAACUCACUCUGAUGCCGGAACUGGUUCCAUUUCGGAUAUUACUUAUAUAUAUUAUAUUAAACUUUCAAAAAUCACCAAAUAUGGCAUCAAUAUUCAAGAAGAUUAUGAAGAUGGUUCUGCCACCGGAAGUCCUUUAGGUAACAUUCCAAUUAGCAACCUGGAGCUGGAAGAAGUCACUGGAACCAUGAGUGGCGGCUCCAGCAGCAUGGCAGUAUACAUUCUUUGUGGAACCGAUGGGUGCUCUGAGUGGAAAUGGUCUGGUGUUUCCAUCACCAAUGCCAAGAAGGAUAGCAGUUGCAAUUUCACGCCAUCUGGCUACAGCUGUUAA